AUGGAUCGGCUUCAUCGAGCCAAGUACAACCUAAGCUCGAUAGUAGCAAGGUUGGGUCAGCACCACAGGAGUCCUGAGACUCGUGUGUCUCCUCCAACCUCGACUCUCCCGCUGUCGCUUGCCGGUCACCAUCUGUUGGUUGCAGCGCUUAGUAUAAUCAGUUAUGAUAUCCGUCUCCUCUUACCACACAUCCUGCAUACCACUCAAUUUUCGACGCUCCGUGUCGUUCGUCGUUCGUUUCAUUCCACCACCACGCCUAGGAGCUGGGAAGGCCAAUUUAUCAGAUUUGAAGUCAUCAGCGGCAAAGAUAUCGACGUCCCUUCCCAGCGCAUUCCCGCAGGCAUUUACAUAUCCAUCAAUAUCAAAUCGGAGGAGACGCUAUGCGUCGCGCAAAAUAUCACUGGAAUUAGGGCAUCCUUCGAGCUCGAUCGAAUGCUGGGCAAUGGAGAAGUUAUUGGACUUCAAACGUUGUGGGACGAGCUGAUCGGUCACGGAAAUGAGCCUUUUGGUGGAUAUCUAUAUCGAUGCUGUUCUUACACUUUCGGCCCUGAUCAGAGCUCGGCAGGCGAUGACGACGCGUGUCACUCAGACCUUCGCAGCGAUCGGACAAAGUCAACCGGGCGCAGGGCAAGGCGAGGCGAGUUUCUCGUCACUGUCGACAGAGACGAAGCCACACUUGGCACGCUGUGGGUGGUCGACGACGCUUAUUCGAGCUGA